AUGUUCUCGAACGAUGACCCCAUAAUUGUGAAUGAGUUGAUUCUCAUCCAAUAUCCUGGGAUAAUCAAGAAUCUUGAGAAAGGUUUAGAAACCAUGGGUGGUUUAGCCCAAAUGAGCCAAAAUCACUUUUCUGGUCGAACUAUUGAACUAAGACACACACCUGAUAAUCCGUAUACGAGUUGUUUAAUAGCUGAUAGAAAAAUGGAUUCGAAGAUUACUUCUGGAACAUUAAGACUAGUUUUGAAAGUACGGAGGAAGAAGAAGAAUCCCAACCACGUGGAAAGUCACUGUCUAGGUUUAGUAACUAUGGUGUAUGAUUUCGACUCCAUGUGUGAUUUCCAAUAUUUACCUGUAAAGAAAAGACUUAACACAGAUAUAUAUGAAGACUUGAUUCCGAGACUCAUUCCAACAGAUCUACCUUCUGCUUUAUGCUGGUGGGAACGACAAGAUAAAACCCCAGGAUAUACGCAACUAUUCUUGCCUCCUUAUCAGUUCAGUCGAUACACUACGCCUUCGAGUAAAAUACUACACAGAGAAACUGAUCUCAGCGUAGACAAGACGAAAAAGAAAAUUGGGCACGGUCAAAAUUUGCGUGUGGAGAGAAAAGCUUUGUCUAUCAAUGUCCAUGCAGAGGACGAUUUUCCCAAAGAGCCAACUGAAGAUGCAAUCAACGACGCCAAUUUCAGAUGUAAGAAUGAAGAGCCACACAAGAUUCUGGAGCGGAUAUUCAGUGAACGACCUAUGUGGACUCGUGUUGCCAUACAGUAUAAGUCAUCCCUCGAUGAUAACCUCAUAAAGUCACUUUUACAAAAAUAUGCCUUUUACAUAGCCUCUGGACCUUGGGGUCGGUUAUGGUGUAAGUUUGGCUAUGAUCCAAGAACUGAUCCGCUAGCUAAACGUUAUCAAAGUUUGAUGGUUACAUUCCGACAACAUACUAAGAUUCCGGAGAGACAGCGGUUGAAAGUUUCGACUGAACGAUCUGGAUUCUCUGAAAUUGAACCUAUAAAUUACGUUUACCAACCAGGUAAACUACCCCGAGUUCGUCAAAUGUGGUACAGUCUAUGCGACAUUGAGUUGCCACUAACUGAGCUUUUGCUGAAAAAAGAUUACAGUAAUGCCUCUGAUGUUGGUACGAAAGGCUGGAUCAACAGCGAAGCUCUCGAAGAGUUACGUGAGUUGGUCAAAGAAGACGUGCAGAAAACUAGUAAAGAACUUGACAUUGUUGAAGAUCAAGAACUAAGCGACGACAUGUAA